AUGGAGGACCCUGCUGAGCCCUGUGGAAGGCGACCACUGUCCCACCCUGGCCCAGGCUGUUUGCCUGUACCAUUGUUCAAUCAAAAGAAGAGGAAUAGACAGCCAUUAACAUCUAAUCCACUUAAAAAUGAUCCAGGUAUCAGUACUGCUUCUGACAGUUAUGAUUUCCCUCCAAUACCAACAGAUUGGGCCUGGGAGGCUAUGAAUCAAGAGUGGGCUCCUUUAACAAAAACAAUGAACACAAGCCAAAUACCACCUUCAGUUUCUCAUCCCCUGAGAAGUCAAGAUUCUAUUCCUAAAUCAAUUCAGUCAAAUACUGCAAGAAGCCAAAGUGGUUGGAGAGAUGACAACAAAAAUACCAGCUUGAAAACUUGGGAUAAAAAUGACUUUAGACCUCAAUGUAAAACAACAAAACUAGUGACAAAUGAUGGAAAAAAUUCUUUUCCAGUGAAUUUGGGAACUCAGAUACCACAGAAACAAUUAAGGGUAUCUGAAACUCCUGAUUUAUCUUAUCACAGAGAAACUGAGGUUCUCAGACAAAUGUGUUCAUCAAAAGUUUCUGGCUCCACAGUAAAAGGCCCAGAUAAAAACAGUGCAUUACAGACAUUUAAGCCCAAUUUUCAACAAAAUCAAUUUAAGAAAAAAAUGUUGGAUGAUAUUCCAGAAGAAAACACUCUGAAGGAAGCCUCAUGUCGGUUACAGUUUAAGGAAAAAAAUAAUUCUCUAAGAAUUAUUUCUGCAGUUAUUGAAAGCAUGAAGUAUUGGUGUGAACAUGCACAGAAAACUGUACUUCUUUUUGAGGUGUUGGCUGUACUCGAUUCGGCUGUUACAUCUGGCCCAUAUUAUUCAAAGAAUUUUCUUAUGAGAGAUGGGAAAAAUACUCUGCCUUGUGUAUUUUAUGAAAUCGUGAGUAUUUUUUAAAGCAUUCUUUGCAAAGAC